UUUGAGACAUGUUCAUAGAACGCGUUCUGAUUACGUAUUGAUGGUGGAGGUCGGACUUGCUGUUCUUCCCAGUAGUACCUGGGUUGGUGGCAGUCGGCUUGUCUGGUCGGACACUAUACGGCUCGUACGUAUUUAAUCCAAAAGGAAGGGUGUGGGCUCUAACCAGGUCAGGCCGCUCAAAGGCGAAGCGAAUUGAAGCCAUUUCGACCAUCGUCCUCAAUUUUGGUCGAUUGAGAGGUGAACCAGGGAAGGCACGCGCUGGACAACUGAAUCUUGGAGCAUGAGCGUAUGGCAACCAAGGUGUACAUCAUGUCCGUUUAUUCCGUUCAGCUAUUAUUCAUUAUAUGGCCAUGUCGGGAAGUUGGCGACGGAGAUACAGAAAGGGGCUAACUCCGUUGAGGGCGUGAAGGCGAUGUUAUGGCAGGUGCCAGAGACCCUACCAGAUACGGUAUUGGAAAAGAUGAAGGCACCGCCCAAGCCGGAAGACAUCCCCGUAAUCAAGCCGGAGCAGCUGCCGGAAGCUGAUGGUUUCAUCUUUGGCUUCCCCUCUCGGUUCGGUAUGAUGGGUUCACAGUUCCUGUCUUUCUUCGACGGCAUGGAUGAUAUAUGGAAGUCUCAGAAGCUCGCUGGUAAACCUGCGGGCAUCUUCUGGAGCACCGGCUAUCAUGGAGGUGGCCAAGAGAAUUCUGCGUUGACAGCGAUAACCCAGUUGGCUCAUCACGGUAUCAUAUUUGUGCCUCUGGGUUACACUUUUGGCGAAAGCAUGUUUGAGAUGGGCGAGGUCAAAGGUGGUUCCUCGUACGGAGCAGGGACUUACGCUGGGGAUGGUUCUCGGGAGCCAACAGACUUGGAGCUGAAACAGGCAUUCUACCAAGGGAAACAAGUAGCUACAGUGGCAAAGAGGCUUAACGCCAUCGCCAUCUGAGUCAGUAACUUCCUAGGCCACCGGCCGGCAGACUGGUGGCGGAUGAUCUCCACUUAGCUGUUGGACACAAAUAAACUCCUUUUGAUGUUUUUCUAAGAAACAUGUUAUGAUUGUAUCUGGUAUUUAGUUGUUUUUAAUUUAGAAGCAGUAUUUAUACUUGCA